AUGUGGCUGUGCAUGGUUCUUCAGUGGGGACCUUGCCUACUUGUCUCUCAGUUGGAUGCCUGCUCAUCCAGGGAGGACCAGAUUGAGGUUCUUGGGGACAUCAUGAAAGGCAAGGCACCGUCUACUGUUCUUAAGCGUGCUAGGAGCUUGACUCUGCUGCAUGAUUUCGUCCGUGAGAAGAGUGCUACGUUUCCAUGUGCCGAAUCGCAUGUUUAUGACUUCUUGAAAACCCUCGAGAGAGAAGGAGCGCCACCCAGCCGUUUGUCGUCUGUGUUGGAGGCUAUCAACUUCACUCUGCAUGUGGUAGGAGUGUCAGAACUUGCAGAAGUGAGUAGCAGCCGUAGGUGCAAAGGAAUCUGCACUUCGGAAUUCUUCAAGGAGCCAAACCAAGCAUCACCCUUGACGGUGCAGCAGUUGCAAACGCUACACGAUGUUCUGGAAUCCCAUCCAGACCAGUGGUGCAGAGCAUUUGCAGGAGCCACUUUGGUGUGCGCGUACAGCAGGUGCCGGUGGAGUGAUGUCCAGCACACAGAGACCAUCCUGGCGUGCAGAGUGGACCUUGGGAUCACCGAUUCAGGUAAAUGUCCAUUUAUGCCGGCACCGGAUGCUCAGGGAAAACCAACGGUCAGAGCCCUAGACACCGAUGAGGCUACAGCUUGGCUCAGGUUGUUGUUGCAAGUUGAGGACGGUGAUACUCGCAUUGCUUCGAAAUCCAUGAAGGCAACCAUGAUUUCUUGGGCGGCAAAGCGGGGUGUUGAUCCUCUAACCCUCCAGAGGCUUGGGUAUCACGCUGCAGGUGGGAUGGACCUGGUGUACAGUCGUGAUGCUCAAGCCCCACUGUUGCUAGUUGUCGAGCGCCUUCUGAAGGAAGUCAGGGAUGGCUCAUUUCGGCCUGAUGACACCAGGAGUGGACGCUUGGUCACGGAAAGAGCUCAGCCUUUGGUUAGCAGCUUUGUUCCUGAAGUCGGUGGGAUAGGUGGGCCCAGCGUGCUCCCGCAAGCCUCUGAUGUCUCCAGGGUACAGGAGUGCAAAUCUGAGCUUGGCGAAGAGUGUUCAGCUGGUGAGCCAAUCGUCGUGGACAGUGAGUCCGAACCGGGUGACUCCCCAGGAGAAUCCUCGGAUGAAUCUGAUGAGGACGAUGGGCAACCGAUUGCAUUGGUUGCUCAGGGCCUUGUGGUUCCGGCUGCUUUCCUGCAAAGGUGUUCCGAGGUCAGCUCAGAUGGGUCGCUGCACGCGGCUUUGGUUGCCCAGGGCAUUCGCAAUUUUCGUCAGCUUGCUUUCGCCAUAGGCACCCCCAGAGUAGAGCCGUCGGCUCAGCAGUACUCCGACUUGGCAACACAGGUCUUUGGUGCGAGUCCGGCACUGGGAAAGAUUGCUAUCCUGAGGGAUCUUCACUUUGAAGCCACGACAUAUGUCAUUCAAGUGUUCAAGGAGCAGGCAUCUUCAGACACCGCGGAUGUGCAGAUCAAGCGCUUACCGCUGCCGGAGCGAACAGCUCGUGCCCUUGACCAGCAGCGUAGGCUGAGUGGAGUCGCCAUCACUGGUGAGCUUCAGCCGUCUUACAACCUAGUUGACAAGUGCAAUACCAUGCUGGAGUCUGGGGCUUUAGUGUGGUUGCCGCCCUCGGUUUGCAGUAAGAGGGAUGCUGAGGUUGCGAUCGGAAUCACGGAAAAGUCUCCUGUCGUUCAUCUUGAGAAAGAUGCGUUGAAGUUGACAGCGCCUCAGCCUAAAAUCCCAGUGGACUUGUCUAGUCCGCUCAACCUUAUGUGGGCUUGGCAAAGACGUGGAAUUGCUAUGGACCAGUGCGGAUUGCUGUCGUGGGCAGUUCAUGAACAGUAUGUGCAACGCCUGUUGAAUCUGCUGACCGCUCCGGUACAGCCACCUUACAAGUCGUUGCCUACCGGGAUAAAGCCAUUAGAUGUGCAGGUGCAGUGCCCGAGGUGCCAGAUCUUCCUACGCCACAUGGCACAGGCGAUGCUUCUUCCGAUCCAGGUGAACAACCUGCGGUUGUUUGAUGCUUUGCCCAAAUCCCCUUCGCCUCGUCAGUCGGACGGGUGCCGUGAGAUUGAUUUGCAAUUUUCUGAGUGCGCACAUGAAAGGGGUGGGGGCGUUUGGUACCAGGCAGAAGAUGGUGAUGUCGUGUGCCCUCAUGACUCGCGCUUGAAGGGCAAAAUUCUCCCUGUUGACAAAGGCGAUGUGUCCUUGUCGGGUACAACACCCGGUGAGUCCGAGCACCAUGUGCACACGUCCUGGAAACCUGUCUCCAAGGACGGGCGUUUUAGUCAAGCCAUCAGCGUGUAUCCCAGUCUCUUUUGCCAGCGUGUAGCUGGCUUGCUGAGGGAUUCUGUUGUCAAGGAGGGCGCCUCUGAAGCUACAUCUUUGAGUGAACAGCAAAUUCACACGCCGCCUGCUGCUCGUGUUCCCCUUGGCCUCCAGCCUACGCGGUCACCGGGUGUGCUGCCCGAGUUUGGUUACUACGUUCAUGUCAUCGAUUAUGUUCAAAACUCGGAACCAACUGCAGUGGCGCCGCCAAAAGGGCAUUUUAUUUCUCGGCAUUUGUCCACUUGGGGCGAUGUGCAGGCCGAGAAACGAUUUGUGCAAAGGGCCGUAAGUGCUGGACACCCAAGAGACUUCGUUGACAGUCUCGAACCGGCCUUGAAAUCCGUGGUCAAAGAGAACUUCAAGGCCGUGAGGAUGCACUUCACGCAGCGCUUCCUCCUCACAUCCGUCAGUAGUCUGAACAAAGCCGUGCUUGAAAAAAUGGCGGUGCGACAAGAGCCUUUGCUCGAGCAUGCCACUUGGCAGGCUACGUUGGACGAACUUCAGAGUGGUUGGAUCUGGGAAGCGCCUAAGUUUGAAGGGGAUUUUAAGGUUUACGCCCGUAGGUUUGGCAUAGUGCAAGGGGACAAAACGCGCGUGAUUGAUGACUGUAGUUGUUGCGGUCUCAAUGCAACCGUGGGGACGGUUGAAAAGUUCGUUGUCCACGCGAUUGAUAGGAUGGCUGCCAUGCUGUCUUACGCAAUUGACAUCUCGACGGAGGGAGGAGCUCCGCUUUGCGGCCGAACGUAUGAUCUCAAGUCUGCAUACAAACAAUUCCCUGUGACCUGUGCAGACCGUGACAUCUUGAGAAUGUUCGUCAACCGACCAGGCCAAGCCGAGCCGUCGUCAGUGGGCCUGAACGCACUCCCGUUCGGUGCAAUAGGCUCAGUUGCCGCUUUCUUGAGAAUAAGUAUGUCGGUUUGGAUGUUGGGGGUGCUUGCACUUAGGGUAAUCUGGACGGCUUUCUUUGACGACUACAGCGUAGUCUCGAAGGAGAGCGUGAAGCAGAAUACUGCCUUCGCUGUGCAAUCCCUGUUCAACCUUUUAGGCCUUGACUACGCCAAGGAAGGGAAGAAGGCGCCUGAGUUUUCUGGGGUGUUCCAGAUGCUAGGUUUAGUGGUUGAUCUUAGUCAGUUCGAAAGUCGUCUGGUUAAGAUUGGCCACACAGACAAACGCAUUGCUGAGCUAACGCGCUCUUUGGAUGGAAUCCUUGAAGAAGACAGACUCAGCGCGAAGGAGGCUGAACGGUUACGAGGGCGCAUGAACUUCUUUGAAGGCCAUGCUUUUGGGAGAGGGCCGACUCAGGCGGUCAGGAAUUUGGAUCGCCAGGCACGGGUUGGUCUCUUGAAGCAAGGCUUCACAGGAGAUGCCAAGACAUCUCUUGGUGUUCUUCGCAGCCGCCUGUUGUCCGCUCGGCCCCUUGAGAUUAGCCCAAAGUUCAGCAAGACUUGGUAUCUCUUUACGGACGGAGCCUUUGAGAAUGGAAAAGGCAGUGUCGGAGCAAUCUUCUACGACCAGUCAGGAGUUGCUCGUGGUGCCUUUGGUAGUCGCGCUCCCGAUGCCUUCAUGCAUCGUGCACUUGAGUACUCUCGCAAUCCUAUUUAUGAACUUGAGCUUGUGCCGGUUCUGUUAGCUUUUAGGGUUUGGCAGAAGGUCUUCAAGUGUGGCCAACUUGUGGUGUACGUGGACAAUGAAGCGGCGAAAGCAGCGUUGAUCCGUGCUUGUGCAUCUACGCCAGUUGCAGAGUUGGUUACCGAGAGUGUGCGAUUACUUGAAGAAUCGCUCCAACUCAGGUGCUGGUAUUCUCGAGUGCCUUCAUUGAGCAACCCUGCCGAUGCACCAAGUCGGCUCUGCUUUGAUGGCAUUGUGAUUGGCGAGAAUUUCUUUUUCCCACCCGGCCCACCCUGGGGAAGCCGAUGCCGUUGUGUUGGCCCCUCCUUGCAACACCUUUUCGAGGGCGAGGGCACACUGGAGAAUAUCGCCGGGGAUGCCAACUUCCUUGUUUCAAAGUCCUUUGAGUUUUGCCAGCUUUGUGUCGAGGCUGGCGUAGCCUUCAUCAUCGAGCACCCGGAACAGUUGGGAAGGGUGCAGCACAUGGUUCCUGGGUCCAUUUGGGACAUGGACGAGAGCAAGCAUCUGCUCUUGUCCGAAGGCGUGGAAACCUUCGCUUUCUUCCAGUGCCAGUGGGGUGAUGCUCUCAGUAAGAAACCCACCAGGUUUAUGGCUUUCCAGGUCCACUGGGACACUUUCACCUCGUACGACCUCUUCCUCGCCACUGUGGGCAUGUUCAUGAGCCUCUUCUUCUUGGAAAGGAUUCCCAUGGUGAUUGGAAAACUUCGCAAUCUGCUGCAUAUCCUCCUAAUAUGUGCCAUUGGCUGGCCGCCAGCUUGCUUGGUCUUCGCGUUGGGGGGGGUUCUGCAGCAAGCGGCCGACGUGUUUGCCCUUUGCGAUCUGGUCACCGGUGAGGAGACGGGCCGAGGACGCAGGCCAGGGGAGUUGCCUACGGAGAAACUCUUUACCAGUGGGGCUUACGUUCAUGGCGGUGUCUGUGGCUUGCGCAAGCACUGCCGGGCCUCUCCUUGGACAACCGCCCUGCUGGCUUGCAUCAUCAACUGCGUUUGUCCUGGCUCUAAGUUCACUUCUGUCUUGCUUGGCAGGGACAUAAAAACGGGGCCUCAUAGGGAUGAGAACAACGAGCCUGGCAGCCACAACAUUGUGGUUAAGGCUGCUUCCUUCUCUAGGGGCGGCCUGCUGCUGGAGGACGAGACUGGUGACCAGGAGAUGAUCGUGAAUGGUCAGCUUCGGCAGUGCAGGGUCAAGUCCCCCGACGUUGAGUAUCCAUUUCACGGCUAUAUGGAGGCCGCGAGGAGCUACAACUACGGGGAUGCACUCACGGUUAGCUGGCGAGGUCUACAUCAAUCUAUGUGCGACGGUUGCGGACUGAACAGCCCCGGAAGGUGGCGACCCGGGUCCCGAGGCCUGGGACUCCCUUGGGAGGCUAGUGAUCUUGCGCAGAGGAUUCACGGACUGCUUUUGAGGUUCGUCUCGGAGAACAUCGGUGACACCAAGAAGGCUUUCUUCCGCUUGGCUCUGGGCAAGAUGACUUCGGCCCCUUUCAGUCCGGAAAGCAUGGAGCACUUGCGUGAUGAGUGGUUUCGGCUGCUUCCCGACUCCAAGGCCGCCUCCAAGGUGGCUGAGGGCCAACCAUUCUACUUGGAGGCUCUUUCACAGACUAGUCGGCUUCUUGGGGACGAGGACUGGGGGAUUCUGACUAGGGAUCCGGAGAGCUACGCUUCGGGGCGCAAAGUGGGCGUCGACUCACCCUUCCCGAGGGUCCCUCUGGUUUUCCGGCCGAAGAAGAAGUGGAGAAACUAUGAUGAUUCACCUUACCAGGCGAUCAAUGCAAACUACUCCUCGGCAACUCUGGUUCCGGAUCAGUUGGAGGCACAGUUCGAGGAAGAAGAAGCACUUGGCAUGAUUUUUCCUUUGAGCGAGGCUGAGGCACGAAAAAGAUUCGGAGACAAGCUGCACGUGGCAUCCCUAGGAGCCAUCAUGAAGGACGAUGGCACGGUCCGAACCAUCUUUGACGGUACCCACUCCGUGAAGCUCAACAAUCGGAUUCGCAUUGAUGAUCACUUAGAAUUCCCUGGACCAUCAUGCGUGGGACGUGCCAUGGAGGAGAUGGAGGACGAGGACUACCAUCUGCUGAUUGGAUUGGCCGCGGAUGUGGCUAAGGGCCACCGAAGGUUCAAACAUCGCUCGGAGGACCACGGCUACCUUGGCUGUAGGGCGCGCGAGGAUGGUCCCAUAUGGUUCAACCGGGUCGGGACCUUUGGCAUGGCAUGCGCUGCUUAUCACUUCGCCAGGCUGGUUGGGCUCAUUGGGAGAUGUGCACUGACAGUUCUGAUGACGAGUCCGCUGUUCCAGUUUCUCUUCGCUGACGACUUGAAGUUCUUCAGUGGAGGUCCACGUAAGUAUGAUCAUGUCUGGACCAUUCUGGUUUUCUGGCUCAUGGUUGGGACCCCUUUUAAGUGGAGCAAGUUUCGAGGAGGGGUGCAACUGGAUUACGUGGGAUUCGCCUUCGACUACUUCCGCUUCUCCAUGGGUCUUUCGGAACGAAGGGCUAACUGGAUCAUCGAGUACGUGAAUGCUGCGCGACGUGACCGUGGCUUGCUGGACCAUCGGAGGUUCGUGGAGUUUGUGGGCCGUUUGGUGUACGCUGGCCAGGUCCUUUACUGGCUUAGGCCAUUUAUGGCUCCAUUGCAUCGCUGGAAGGGUGCUCAGGUUCCGGGCACGGUCGCAGUUGCGCCAAGGCUUGUGAUGAUCACUCUGGAGUACAUUCGCUCGAUGCUUCUUGAGGGCCACGCUCAGGUUUCAUGUCGGGGUGCACGCCCAGCCGAAGCUGAGUCCUUUCGCACGGAUGCCAAGGCUGCCGAGGACUUUUAUGUUCUGGGAGGUUGGGAGACCUGCCACUCUCUUGAUCCUGGGCGCGCUAGGUGGUUCUCUCUUAAGGUGCAUGCGCAAGAGAUUCCGGCCCUUUUCAACGAUCGCGGCACCGCUGAGGGAAUGAGCACUGUAGCGGAGCUGUUGGCCACCCUUGUGGCUUUACAUGCAUUUGGCUGGCUAGAGACUAGAGGACGAUGCUUUUCAGUAUCGGCUGGCACGGACAACUUGGCUAAUGAAACCGUGACGGCCAAGAAUAGCACUCUGAAGUUUCCGCUGGCGUAUGUGCAGAUGCAGUUGUCUCAUUCUUUGUAUAAAUGUGGAGGUCACUUGAAGCUCAAUUGGAGGCCGCGUGAAGUUAACACCAUCGCGGACGACUUGACAAACGAAUCGUUUGGCGCUUUUGAUCCCAAUCUUCGCAUCCACGUCUGCUUGAAUGAUUGUGAUCUUAGCUUGCUCCGAAAGUUGUCUCAGCAUCAUGAUGAGGUUUCCAGCUGGAGUCAGAGGGGAGUAUGCAGUGCCCCAUCUUCGCUUCGCAAGCGCAAAGAUAAGUAUGACAAAACCAAGUGGGGCUGA